AGGCACUGAAGGUCAAUUAGACAGCUGAUUGUGAACUGCUACAGUUCACUUACUUGAUUUGACACCUUGGACAAAUUUAUCACAAUUUUCUGGGAUAUUGUCAUAACAUAAAGGAUGGAGGAAUUCAAGAAAGCCACUUCGAUUCUCAUCAAUGGCAAAAGAUAUCCAGUGCCGGAUAACCUGCCAGCCAACACCAGCCUGAACGAGUUCAUCAGAACCCACGCCCACUUGAAGGGCACCAAAAACACAUGCCAGGAAGGAGGCUGUGGAGCCUGCAUCGUAGCAGUGAAGUCUGUACAUCCUACCACAGGAGAACAGCUCGAGUAUGGAGUCAAUUCUUGCCUGCUCCCAGUGUUUGCUUGUGCCGAUUGGGAGAUCAUCACUGUGGAAGGUGUGGGCAACCGCACAACUGGCUACCAUGACGUCCAGGCCCGUCUGGCCAAGGGGAACGGCACACAGUGUGGUUACUGCAGCGUAGGGAUGGUCAUGAAUAUGUACAGUUUACUGAAGAGUAAACCCGAACUCACAAUGGAGGAGAUUGAGAACUCUUUUGGGGGCAACCUUUGUCGCUGCACAGGAUACAGGCCCAUCCUCGACUCCUUCAAGUCAUUCGCCAAAGAUGCUCCUAAGAGUUUACUUGACAAAUGUGCAGAUAUAGAGGAUUUGAUUACGAUCUGCCCUGUGAAGAAGAAGCUGUGUGUGAGGAAUGGGGCAUGCAACACGGAGAACUGUGAUGGAAAAGAGGAAGCGGCCGAUGUGGGAAGAAAGGGGCCGAGGUUUAUCCCCUUGCAGGACGGCAGUUGCUGGUACCACCCUGGAGAGAAGAAGGAGAUCUUUGCAAUCCUGCAGAAUUGCUCUGAUACCAACUACAUGUUCGUGGGAGGCAACACUGCUCAUGGUGUGUAUCGCGUCACCUCAAAAAUAAAACAUUACAUCAACUUGAAUGGCGUGACAGAGUUACACUCAAUUGAGAAUUCAGGAGGUACCAUUACACUAGGAGCUUCCACCAGCCUCACAACUGCCAUGGAACAUUUCUACAAAACGAGUGAGCUGCAGCCCCAGAAGUUUGGAUACCUGAAGGAGUUAGCCGACCACAUUGAUCUCAUUGCUAACGUUCCAGUCCGAAAUACUGGAACUCUGGCAGGAAAUCUGGCCAUCAAGAAUCAGCACAAAGAAUUUCCUUCGGACUUGUUUUUGAUCCUGGAGACUGUGGGAGCUCAAAUUGUGGUUGAGGAUGUGUCUCACAAAGAGACAAUCUUGUCUCCGUCUGACUUCGUGAACUUUGACAUGACCAAGAAAUUAAUGACGAAAAUCAUAAUGCCUCAAAUUGACAGUGAGCAGUAUGUUUGUAAAACCUUCAAGAUAAUGCCUAGAUCACAGAACGCUCACGCUUACGUCAAUGCUGGUUUUCUAUUCAAAGUGGACAAAAAAGAUAAUUUCAAGGUCCUGGAGAAACCAAACAUUGUGUUUGGUGGUAUCACUCCAGAAUUUGUAAGUUGAUGUUUUAGUAACGCU